AUGGGUUCGAUAUGUGUUUCGUGUGUGUAUUGCUUCAUGAUCUCUGCUUUACACUGUUGUAGCGUAGUUUCGAACGAAAAUACAGAUGCUGGAAAACGAACCUUGAUAAUAAUAACCGCACAUGUUCAAUCUACACGGCCCUCGCGUAACUUUACAGAGGCUUUUAGACCUUAUGACGCUCUAACUUAUUUCAAUCGCCCCAAAAUUCACAGCAGCAGUAGCAGCAGCAUGAAUGGCAAAAAGCAAACUGAAUCACACGAUGUUUUUGGAAGAGACCUGUCAUAUCUUCUGUCGUGCCACCCUGGGAUAGAACAACUGAACAAGGUUGACUUGUACUCUCGUGAGCCUGAAAGCGGGUACACGCCACUCCAUGUAUGUCUAAGACUAGGGCAUUUGGAAAAAGCAUUCAAACUUUACGAGCGGUGGAAGAGGCAGCAGUCUCACUUCCGCGCUAGCAAAGAAAACAUCUGGGACCUUAAGGAUCGUGAGGGCUUGACUCCUAUCGAACUUUACCAAUGCGAAAAUGAUAUUUGGAACUACCAAAACAUUCCAACGGCAAUUUAUCCAGAACGGCCCACAACCGGGCCAUCUGGAGGAGUAUCCUCGAUCGUGCAAUGGAAGCCAAGAUCAAGAGACGGCAACGCUUCGCCGCUGCGCAGGCACACAAUCGAGGAGCUCAUAAACACUUAUCGGAAAUACCGUGGUGGGCGCGAGUUUUUGACUACAGGCUCUAACACUCAUCUUCAACUUGGGACCGGAGACUCUGAAAAUAGACAAGAACUUUACAAACUCAACGAGUACUCACUUUAUCCUGAAGAUACGUGCCAGAAAACGAGGUUUAGUACCGCCAUAAUGAAAAGGUAUCAUUCACUUCUGGUAACGGCAGAGGGCGAUGUCUUUACUGCGGGUAGUGGCAGCAGAGGAAGAUUAGGAAAUGGUGAUACAAAUGCAUCAAAUGUCUGCCACACUAAAGUUUCUUUGGAUUCAGAACGGGUGAAGCUGAUUGAUAGUAGCGACCAUCACUCUAUUGUACUGACAACAUCGGGCGAAAUAUUCUGCUGGGGCUGGAACCGCUACUCUCAGCUCGGUUAUUCAACCCCGACGAGUAAUGUCAAAAAGCUAGACAAUUCAGCUCUUGAAAAUAUUUGCAGCCCAAAGCCCAAAAGAGUUGUAAGCGCCCCAUGGAAGAAGAACAUGUCCAUAAGUGUCAAAUUUGUCGCUUGUUCAAAAGUUCAUUCUUGCCUUAUUGAUGACAACAACUAUCUUUUCUCCUGGGGGCUAAAUUUAGGCCAGAUGGGAACUGCUAAAAAUUAUGGCGAAAAUUACGAUGCGCUGCACGCCGGGCAUAAAGGCUGGAUCGUGUCACCGCCAUGUGGAACAAAACUGCCAGCUUAUGUGACGAAUAUACGCCAACUUUUGUGUACCGAAUUCGCUACCUUUAUUCUCUUUGAAGACAACCAGCUCUGUGUCCUCAAUAAUUCCAAAAUACUUCGCUUCUCUAUACCGAAGGCCAUGUCUAAACAGCAGCUAUCUUCUAACGGAUUCGACAUCUUUGUUCCCACUUCCUUAAGCAAAAACAACAAGGUUCUCAAGCUAAAGACAGCACACUCAUAUGGUAACAAUAUGUGCUUUCUUUACGGAAACGGCAGUGUUGGCAUUCUUCAAUCAGAACUCAUCAACAAUUCGGCGCACAGCUGGUCUAAACUACCAAAUCUACUGCCCACCACUCAAUAUUGGGUCCCGUAUUUUAGCUGGAAUAAAUGCUUGGAUUUUGAUGUCGGGGCAAAGGGGCAGCUUGCUCUUUGUACUGUUAGUGGAAAAUUGUUCAAGUGCGAGACAUUAAGCGGUCAGAAGUUUCACCGACAAAGAAGCAAUAAACUUAUAUCAGGCAAAUGUAUCCUUGUGAGCUGCGAUUCCCUUUUUUCUUCUUUUGCAUUAAUCAAAGACGAUAUUGAUAUGAUACCGUUAGGUUUUCCCAAACAAAACUUAUACAAAGACAUUGCUGCAAUUUCGCCGCUGUCUAAAUGGCCAAUUGAGAGAUUCAGAAGGCUCAAAUGCGAAGAACUUAGGGACAAGCCGGACUCCGGCUUUUUAUUCGAUGAUUUCGCGAAGCCAGGUGCUCGUGUUGAGCAUUCAGACAAGGAAUCUGUGAUCUUAGACGUGGGUAAUUCGUUGUCCACAAACAACCAAGCGGACUCACUCUGGAGAACUUUCUCAUCACGCUGGUUCAAAAAGACCUCAUUCGUUCAGUCGGAGAUAUUUUCAAAUGAAUCCAAUCGGAAUUAUAGCCUUUUUAAUUCUGAAGGAGCACAUGACCGUUAUGAUGUUUUGUUCGUUGAUGGUAAAACCGGACAGAUUGUGGGAGCAUGCCACCGAGCUUUGUUAAUGGCGCGUGCCCCCAACUUCAUCAAACAAAUAACAACGUUUGGUUCGUUUACCCCAAAAUCUAAUCACUCCCUCUCCUUCGUUUUGAAAAGCGAUUUAUGUGACAAUAAAGGCUGUACAGUUAUCCAAAUGGUUUCAGGGAAUAUCGACUUAAGAGCAAUAUGCUGCGCAUUACAUUAUAUGUACACCGAUGAAAUCCCCGAACUUGGCUUUAUAAGCGAAACCCAGGAAAGAAAACACUUCGAGGCGUCUGCUAAGCAAUUUAUGAAAGCCCUAGAUCUGCACCUAACCACCUUUAGGGGAGACAAGCUGCCAUUUGCCUUAGCAAAGUUACUCAAGCAAUCAAAUGCUGAGUAUGACUUAAGUGGUGAGUUUUCGCCUGAUGUUAUAAUUGAGCUAACAAAUGGAGAGCAGUUUCACGCUCAUUCUUUCAUUCUAAGAAACAGGUCCGCUUUUUUUGAAAGCGCCUUAUCAAACAGAUGGGCAAAAUUAACUGGCAAUAUCAAAGUGCUGAAGAUGCAUCAAGUUUCUAAAGACGAACUUUUUUGCAUUAUGAAGUACAUUUACGGCUUUGGAUUCGAGGAGUUGUUUUCGCAGUGUGAGUUUGGAGGCUACAAAGAGUUUGUGAAUUUUGUUCUUGGGCUCAUUCAAACUUCUGACGAGUUUAUGAUGACAGGAUUGAAACAUUACCUUGAAAGCAUACUCAUUGAUUAUAUUGAUUCAAGCACAGUUAUGAUCAUCCUUGUCAAUGCUCACCGUUUAUGCUCAAAGGCUCUUGUCAUAGAGUGUUGCUGGUUCAUUCAACACAACAUAGGACUGCUAUUUUGCGAAGGUAACUUCAAAAUCAUCAAUGAGUACUUCGACUCAUAUUUAUGGCGGACAAUUCAAGACUUCUUCUCGAGAACCCGGUCGAUGAAUUCCAUUAAUUUUCCAACGUGGUACAACGAGAAUGGAAACCCCUCAUACACCAUCCGUCUAUAUGAAAGUAACAUCAAAAAGUUCAAUGAGCUCUUUAUGGACCCCGAUAAUGCGUUUGAGCCUAGUUUUGAGCUGAACACUCAGCAAAAGAAACCUACAACUCUCAGGAAAAACUCCGAUCGAAGGAAAUCCUCUAGUGCCAGAAAAAUGUCUCUCUCCCAGGACGACCUCGCCAACGUGCGUAGGCCCUCUUCGAGCGCAGGAGAUGUCAAGAAACAAGGAUUUAACUUGAAUUUAAGUUUCAUGGCGAAGAAUAGCGAAGAGGCUAUAGAAGACGAUUCCGUGAUUAUUGGUAAUGGCGGCUUUGUCACCGUCGCAAAAAGUAAGCGGAAGCCCUCAAAAUCUUCACCAGCCACUAAGUCUUUAGAAGUUUCUGCCUCGAAAACAGUAUCUAAUUCCGCAAACGUCAACGUGGCUAUGUUCGAAAAUGUGACCAGGCUCGAUUCGCAGGAGGCCAGGAGCCAAGAGAGAGCUCUAAGCCGCGCUUCCAUGUUCCCAGUCCUGGCCAAUGCUGUUCUAAGCACAACUUCUUCAGAGGAAAUUUCAAAGGUAGCGCCCUCAUCCACUUCAAUACCGUUCUCAACUGCGAAGAAGAUUUCACAAAAAGAGAGACUGAAGACGAUAACAGCAGAAAACAAACAAACCCCUGUUGCUCAAAAGAAGCCUGUAUGGGGAGGGAAGUCAUCUAAGGCCAUCCCAAAUCCAGCCUCCACUACUGUUACCCCUUCGGCCUCCAAAUUUCCAUCGCUCUCACAGUCGUUGCAUCAUCAGGUUCCAAAGAAAAAGGCGCCCAGCAAGGGACUGACAAGCACAGGGGAGAGCUGUACGAUACCGCUUUACUUGAGCAACCCGAAUACAAAUACGGUAAAACCGCCGCGGUCCUUGAAAGAGACAAUUGAAGAAGAACGUUUUGCGAAGUGGUGGGCCGAAGAAUCCGAAAGAGUGCAACAAGAGCUGAAGAAACAAGAAGCCGAAGAGCGCGAAGCUCUGAAUAACAUUUAUUCAAGUGGGCAACCCAGCAGAAAGAAAAAUGUCAAGAAGCAAAAACCUCAAAGACCUGUGAAUAGGAAGCAAGCGCAAGCUAAGACUUCAACGUAA